AUGCUGGAGCUGAGCCUGUCCUGGCUGGGACUCGGGCUGGUGGCAGCCUCCCCGUGGCUGCUGCUGCUGCUGGUCGGGGCCUCCUGGAUCCUGGCCUGCAUCCUGGCCUGGACCUACACCUUCUACAACAACUCUCGCCGCCUCCGAUGUUUCCCACAGCCCCCAAAACGUAACUGGUUCUUUGGUCACCUGGGUCUGAUUCAGAGCUCAGAGGAAGGUCUCCUGUACACACAGGGCCUGGCCAGCACCUAUGGGGAUGCAUGCUGCUGGUGGGUGGGGCCCUGGCACCCAAUCAUCCGCAUCUUCCACCCCACCUGCAUCAAGCCUGUGCUCUUCGCUCCAGCUGCCACUGCACCCAAGGAUGUGGUCUUCUACGACUUUCUGAAGCCCUGGCUGGGGGAUGGGCUCCUCCUGAGUGCUGGUGACAAGUGGAACAGGCACCGUCGCAUGCUGACACCUGCCUUCCACUUCAACAUCCUGAAGCCCUAUAUGAAGAUUUUCACCAAGAGCACAGACAUCAUGCAUGCCAAGUGGCAGCGUCUGAUCAAAGAGGGCCACACCCAUCUGGACAUGUUUGAACACAUCAGCCUCAUGACCCUGGACAGUCUGCAGAAAUGUGUCUUCAGUUACGACAGCAGUUGCCAAGAGAAGCCCAGUGACUAUAUCGCGGCCAUCUUGGAGCUCAGCGCGCUUGCGGCAAAACGAUAUCAGCAGCUCUUCCUGCACAUGGACUUCCUGUACUACCUCACCCCAGAUGGGCGGCGCUUCCGCAGGGCCUGCCGCCUGGUGCACGACUUCACAGAUGCCGUCAUCCAGGAGCGGCGCCGCACCCUCCCCAGUGAGGGUAUUGAUGACUUCCUCAAAGCCAAAGCAAAGACCAAGACUUUGGACUUCAUUGACGUACUCCUGUUGACCAAGGAUGAAGAUGGGAAGGGAUUAUCAGACGAAGACAUCCGAGCUGAAGCUGACACCUUCAUGUUUGAAGGCCAUGACACCACAGCCAGUGGCCUCUCCUGGGUCCUGUACAACCUUGCAAAGCACCCAGAAUAUCAGGAGCGCUGCCGGCAGGAGGUGCAAGAGCUCCUGAGGGACCGCGAGCCUAAAGAGAUUGAAUGGGACGACCUGGCUCAGUUGCCCUUCCUGACCAUGUGCAUCAAGGAGAGUCUGCGGUUGCACCCCCCAGUCACCGUCAUCUCUCGCUGCUGUACCCAGGACAUCAUGCUUCCAGACGGCCGGGUCAUCCCCAAAGGUGUUAUCUGCCUCAUCAGUAUUUUUGGGACCCACCACAACCCAUCUGUGUGGCCAGACCCUGAGGUCUAUGACCCCUUCCGCUUCGAGCCAGAAAACAUCAAGGGGAGGUCACCUCUGGCUUUUAUCCCCUUCUCAGCGGGUCCCAGGAACUGCAUCGGGCAGACAUUCGCCAUGACCGAGAUGAAAGUGGUCCUGGCGCUCACGCUACUGCGCUUCCGUGUCCUGCCAGAUGAGGAGGAGCCUCGCCGGAAGCCAGAGCUGAUCCUGCGUGCGGAGGGCGGGCUUUGGCUGCGGAUGGAGCCGCUGAGCGCCGGACACCAAUGA